AUGAAAUUAUGUGCCGAGUCGGCUCGGUCCUCUGGUCGGCGGGGGCCGAUGAAUGUUUCGUGCUGCCGGGCUGUCAUGCUGCAGCUGGUGGGAGAGAUCGGUUUUCGACUACCGAUUGAUGCCGAUCCGCUUUGCGUAGAGAAAUGUCUCGAUGCCCCACGGUGGGCGCCAAUUGUAAGAGUUGAGAUGGUUCGGUUCGGCAAAACAAGUAAUGAGGGGAUGUGGGUCGAGACUUUCGUAUUAAAAUGCGCUAUUUAUAGCUUGAGGGGACGUUCGGACCAGCGGUCCUUAGGCGCUCGGACCAGCGGUCCUGGACGAUUAGAUGGACCUCUUGAUUUGGGCCGGCCCAUAUGGAGGGAUGCUAAGCCCACCUCCAACAAGUAUCAGCUCCGUUGGAUGCAUAAACAGAAGAAAUACAUGGGAACCAAUACCGACGUGUACCAUCUUUAUGACCAUCGUCAAUCGCAAGAGCCUCCUGAAAUAAGUAUUGAAUAA